GCUUCUGGCUUCCUUCUAGCAGACACAUCUUGCCGGAGUAGAGCGGGUUCAUAUAUGCGCUCGCGAAAAAAACCGCCGCCUAUCAGCGUCUGUAGCCCUUGUAGCAACCCUACUCCUUGUAAGCGAGCCGGAGAGCUGACCUUUUAUCUCCUGUGACAGACCUUGCUUGCCGCGCCUGGUCGCGUCGUUUUUUCCUAAGUUGUCUUAGCUGAGGCAGGCAGCAGCGGCGGUAAGAGGGCUCUUUGCCAGCUUUCCCUGGCUGUGUAGCGCUUACCCUUAGCAGAACCGAUCAUCCUCUGAUCUCUUAUAAAAUAAUAUUUGACAGUGAAUUGAGUCUGGACUGCUUCUUCAUAUUCCAGCCAUAGGUGGUCUUCCAGCAGGUGUCAAGGAGACUGGGGAGAUCCUGGACAGGUCUGUGGUGCAGUGAUGGAUUGGAUGUGGGCUGAGGCUUAAUCCAGGCAAGACAGAAGUACCACUGAUCAAUGGAAAGUACAACCUACUGUACAACCUAAUGGAUCUAACAUUCCUCUUGGAUGGUCAGCUAUGACUUGCUGACCAUCCUAGCUGCUAUGGCUAAGAAUACCUUUGCCCAGCUUUGACUGGUGUGCCAGUUAUGUUCUUGGAGAAAACAGAUCUGGACACAGGUACACAUCCAUUAGUCAUAUGCAGCACUGACCUGGAGAGAAAUUUCAUAGGGGGCAAAGGCAUUUCUGUACUGAAGAUCAAAGAAGAGAAGGGAAAGAUGUGGACUUCAGUUGCUAAAUACUUAAGAACCAAAGUCCAUCCAGAUUGUUCUCGAAUUCUGCUGCAAGCACAAAAGGGCAAGUGCAGUCAUCAAAAGCAUUUCUCUGUGAGCAGGAGGCCUUGGCAACAUUCAUCGAGGACGGCACAGGAAGUUCAGACCUUCAACAUGAGUGUAGCCAUCCAGAAAGUGGAAGCUCUGGAAGCAAAUCAGUUUAUCUGUGUUCACUGGGAGGAUGGGAGUGAGAGCCUUUACCCUUCAGUGUGGCUGCGAGACAAUUGCCAAUGCCCAAAUUGCUUCCUGCACUCUGCUAAAGCACGCAAACUGCUUCUGGAAAAUCUGGAUGUCAAUAUUGGGGUAAAGGAUGUCACUUUGACACAGAGGGAGAAAAAGGUACACAUUAUAUGGCCAGAUGACCACACCAGUGAAUUUGAGGCUCAGUGGCUGAAGAAGAGAUGCUUUUCUGAACAAGCAAGAGCAAGAAUACAAGAAGAAUUAUUUUUCUCAGAAUGUCAGUACUGGGGUUAUGAUCUUCAGCUACCAACUAUGGCUUUUGAAGAAGUGUUGUGCAGUGAUGAAAGUGCCUACAAGUGGCUGGUUACCCUUAAAAGAAUGGGAAUUGUGCUGUUAACAGGAGCUGCUAAUAGACAAGGAGAGCUGCUUAAACUUGGGCAACGUAUUGGAUUCCUUCGCCUCACAUUUUAUGGGCCUACAUGGCAAGUACAAGAUAAAGUGGAUGCGAACAAUGUGGCUUACACAACUGAGAAGUUAAGUUUUCAUACCGAUUACCCUGCGCUGCAAUUUCCACCUGGGAUUCAGUUACUGCAUUGUAUAAAACAGACUCCUUCUGGGGGAGAGAGUGAAGUUGUGGAUGGAUUUCAUGUAGCAAACAAACUUAAGGAAAAAAAUCCUCAAGCCUUCCAAAUCCUGACUUCCACCUAUGUGGACUUCACAGACAUUGGGGUUGAUUACUGCGAUUUCUCUGUGCAGUCCAAACAAAAAAUUAUAGAUGUAGAUGAGAAGGGCCAAGUGGUUCGUAUCAACUUUAAUAAUGCAACCAGAGACACAAUAUUUAACAUAUCUCCUGAAAAAAUAAAGCCCUUUUAUACUGCUCUCAAAGAGUAUGUUAAUCUGUUAAACAGCACAGACAAUAAAUAUACCUACAAAAUGAAACCAGGUGAAAUAGUGGUAUUUGACAACUGGCGUUUACUUCAUGGUCGACAAAGUUACCAGGCAGGAACAGAAUUAUCCCGUCACCUUGAAGGGGCCUAUGCAGAUUGGGAUGUGGUGAUGUCAAGGCUCCGAAUACUACAGAAGAAUGUCCUGGUUAGAAAGUAAUGCUUGAAAAUUCAAC